AUGAAGUCCAUCCUCGCCGUCGUCUUCACCCUCCUCAACAUCCUCCUCUUCGCCUCGGCUGCCGCGACCCCCCCGGCAUGCGAGGCAUGCGAUCCGAACCCAAACAACAACAAAUGCGACAUCACCACUUCUUGCAUCUUCACCAAGCCCAAUGGCCAACUUCAUUGUGCUUGCCGGUUUGUCUCCACUUCUCUCGCCUCCUAUUGUGAUCAGCACUGACAACUAUAAACUCUAUAGUGCCGGAUAUAAGGCCAAUGCUCCCAACACCGAUUCCGGCACACACUGGCGCACUCUAUUCGCCGGGCAGGAGUAUAGAGUUUUCGUCCGCCCUGGUGUCAAGUGUGAUACCCUCUGCGACGAGUGGUGGUUGGGUCCUCAGUCAUGCAAGGAGAUUACCGUCAGGCCUGAGUGCUCUUAAAUUUGAGCCUUAGUAGCCUUUGGGGGGAUAGGAUCGGGUAUUCUCACACUUGGAAAUGGAUUACGGGAGACCGGCGUUUUGGCCACUCCCGACAAAAGUUGAGAAUGGGGAAGUUUGGAAUAGGCGGGUUUCCUAAGUUUGGACAAUUUUAACGGCGGCCCGGUAUCCUGGCCCCUGAGCCGUCAAGAACUAGGAUCGGUUUUAUGAAUGGUUUCACUUUCUUUUUUUCGUCUGGUGGAAGGCAUACACGGUUGAAGUUUACUUCUUGUCGCUCUUUUUCGCCUUUAUGAUUUUUGUGGCAUGGCUGUGUAAUCAUUGGCUAGUUGUGCAGCAGUGGGGAUGAAUAUAAUUCUUGAAAAUCG